AUGCGAGGAUGUCUGAUUAAGGAAUACCAUUUCGACUGCAGCGUACCAACAUUUCUCAAAGAAAUACACUUUACCAACUUUUACACUAAGAGCGCUUCCGCCCACCUAUGUUACCAAGACACGGCUUCUGGAAGACCGGUCUGGGUUAAUCUUUUCAAAAUUCAGAUGAUGAAUGACAUUCACACUUCCACUGGUGCAUGUGCUCAAGUUAAAAUAACUCUCCCUCCAACUUUCGAAACAGUUAAAUCACGAAAACGUUUAUUCAAACUGUGUAUACAGCUACAACAACCCUCUUUAAUGUGGAAAGAAUAUACAAUAACAAAUGUGCAAUUUUUUGAUGAGUAUUUAGAAAAUUCUAGACAAGCUACAACAGAUUCCACUGAAGGUCUACACAAACAUCUAAUAAAUGAGACACAGAAUGCCUUGACCACACUUUACAAACUAAUCGAAUUUAAACAAACGGUACAAAGCCAUGAAGUUAACGAGACGGAUAUCUCAGUCCUGUCUGACGCACGCUUUGAAAUUACUUGA